AUGUUCGUCAUUGAAGCAGGAACGAUGGCAAUGCCGAGCUUAACGUCUCAGCAGAGCCAUGCUUUCGUUCUGCUUCUACUAAUACUUGGCAUGCUGUAUCAGAAUCUGGCUUCAAUAACGAAGGUAAUCCCGCCAAUAGCGGAAACAAUUCUUUUAGUGGACGAAGAGCACAUUGCGAAGGAAGUUCCUCAGACGACCAUUGUGAAGGAGAUUCAGCCGAGAACAGUAACGGAGGUAAUCCCGCCAGUGGAUAAAGUUCUUUUAGUCAAUGAAGAGAAAAUCAUGAAGGAGAUUGAGCCGACGGCAUCGUUUGAAAUAUUGUGCACUGCCCAGCGAACCAUGAUGAAGUGGGGCUCCUUCAAGAUUCGAUGCCGUGAAUUCAAAAUAAUUGCAGAGCACUGUGCCCAUGUAAUGGUGUCGAUCCAUCCACACAAGCAAAUCCUUCAAGCACAAACUAUAUCGUUGAGUGAUGAAGCAAAGAGAAAGAGUUUGCUGAAAAACUACAGUGCAACUGUAUCGCUGAAGAAAGCAUUGGAACCUUUACCAAGACUGGGACGAAUCUUUGUGGACGUAGUCGACGACUAUAUUCUCAAGUCUGCUGAUCUGCAAGCAGGAAAUGAAGUCUUUGUACAAAGUAGAUACCACGGGCUCGAUAAGUUCAAUUACACGAAAUACCAUGUUGUCGAGCAUUGGUACAAUAGCUUUCCACAGGAUAUGCUGUAUGGAACACAUCAUCCUCAAUUUGCGAUUCCCCCGAUAGAGAACGUUUCGACGCUACAGGUGGCAACCAUAUGGAACAAUCAAGGUUAUCCAUGUCCUAUAAUGUCAUCCAAACACUCGGACGUUGUUUACUCUUGUAUUGACAAGCCCUUUGGAGUUGAAGUUUGGUAUAAAGACUUUUUCAAGAGAGCGAAUACUUCAGAACAUGAACGACUCGAAAAGCUGGCGAAAGAUCCUAAUCAAGGGCCAGGACGAAUAUACUAUGAGUUGUUUUGGAAAUUUCAUAUGCUCGUGGUACCGGCAAAGAUUUCGAGGCGUGAAAAGCUGAGAUAUGGCAAUGUGCAAAGAGCAAUCAGUCAAAUGAGGAGUGGUGUUCCAGUACUAUUGGAGAUUAACGGUGAAAUCUUUCAAGACUUUCUCAUUGCCCACAACUACACAUGCGUGUACGUCGUGGAUGAUGCGAUUUUGCCCCUCAAGAUGACCCGUCAACUAUGGUCAUUCGAUGAAGCACUUCAGGCAAUGAAAAGUUCAGAGAUGAGGCAAAAGUGCCAAAACGAGGGCCUCGAAAUUGUAAAGCAUUAUUCUCCAAGUACAAUUGUGAAGAAAGAGUUGCGUCUUCUUGGUUAUCAAGAUGAAUUUGACUGCGACAAGCGGAGGACGGUAUGA